CACCGGUUGCCGGCUCUGACUGAACUCUCAUAUAAAUUCCUUCUGCCUCUCACGUUCGUCACAACCUCUUCUGCCGUCACAGCACAAUGACCACCAAGGUGCUCCUCCUCCUGGCCCUGUUGGCAACCACCGCCGCCGAUGGACGGUCCCGAGAGAACCACUAUGACGGGUACCGGGACGACCCUCAGUAUGAGUACCACUACGGCGUGCAGGAUAACUACGGCAACAGCCACGGCAAGCAGGAGUCUCGGAACGGGGGGCGCAUCGACGGCUCCUUCUACGUGCACCUUCCUGACGGCACCAUGCAGAAGGUGUACUACUACGUGGACGGCAACUCUGGCUUCGUGGCCGACGUGCAGUACGACAGGGCCCACUACGGCAGUGACGAGAGGUUCCACGACAGUCCUGAGCGUGGCGAGAGGCGGGGCCGCUACAGGUCAGGGAAGACUCGAAUGAAUACGGCGAUCGAAGCUGACUGACUGAUUGAUUUACAGAUUAAUCGUUAAGCUGCAGCAUCAACGGGUUCUUGUGGUACAGGUACAGGUAACGGUACAAGUAUUGACAGGAUGGAUGCUUUACCUGGUGUAGGCGUAUGUGUUAUGUUACUCCAUGUUUACGCUUCGUACUAAUGUUUUUCUGCACGUCAUCAGCACUCCUUCACCAUUUCAUCCUGCGUCACCGUCACCGUCGUCACCACCGUCACCAGCACCACGCACUAGUCAUGUAAUGCAAAAUGUAUAUCUUUACUAUAAAAAAUACUCAAAUGAAA